CUAUGUUUAUCCUCCCCGAAGUUAGGAAGUGUGCAGAGGAAGAGCUUUGAGGAAUUUUCAAAUACAAAUUUCCAACAAUCAUAUAUAAUCAUGGCGAGUAAUAAAUUUGAAAGAAAAAAUGAAACUUUGGCUCCUCUUCAUGGGUACAUGAAAAAACCCCAGCUGAUACCACAAUUCGAAAACCAGAAAAAGGGUGGUGUUGAUACAAUAAUGACUAACUAUAAAAGUGAAAAAAAUGACGUUCCUGUUACCCUGGCAAAUGGAUCUACAGUACCUUUGGUGGAAGCACCGGGAAAAAGCGAUUUGGAAUUAGGAGAAUACAAUCCUUUUGAUCAUCGAAAAUUAGAACAUCCUACAUCCGAUUUGGAUACAUUAAUUCACCUUUUAAAAGGUAGUUUAGGAAGUGGAAUUCUCGCAAUGCCUGUUGCUUUUGCAAAUGCAGGUUUAGCAUUUGGUUUAUUUGCAACAUUCACAAUUGGAUUUAUUUGCACUUAUUGUGUCCAUAUCUUAGUGAGAAGCGCACAUGAAUUAUGUAAAAGAACACGAGUUCCAUCGCUAGGUUUUGCCGAAGUUGCUGAAGCGGCAUUCUUAGCUGGUCCACAAAGUUUAAAUAAGUGGUCGAGAUUUGCAAAAGCGAUGAUAAAUCUAUUCUUAGUGAUAGAUCUUUUGGGAUGUUGCUGUGUAUACAUUGUAUUUGUAUCAAAAAAUAUCAAACAAGUAGUUGAUCAUCAUAGUAGUUCUGAUAUUGAUUUGAGAUUGUACAUGGCUGUUUUAUUACCAUUGUUGAUCCCAAUAAAUUUGAUAAGAAAUCUAAAAUAUCUCGCUCCGUUUUCGAUGGUUGCAAAUAUUUUAGUAGCAACAGGAAUGGGGAUUACAUUUUAUUACAUAUUCAUUGAUUUACCAGAAAUCUCUACAAGACCAACAAUCGUUUCGUUUGAUAAAUGGCCAAUGUUCUUUGGAACUGCGAUAUUUGCUUUGGAAGGAAUCGGCGUUGUUAUGCCUUUGGAAAAUAACAUGAAAACACCAACUCAUUUUAUUGGAUGUCCUGGAGUUUUAAAUACUGGAAUGUUUUUCGUUGUUUUAUUAUAUGCCUCUGUGGGAUUUUUCGGGUUCCUAAAAUAUGGUGAAUUUACCGAACCAAGUAUUACAUUAAAUUUACCACAAGACGAAAUUUUGGCUCAAUGCGUAAAGAUAAUGAUUGCAGUUGCAAUUUUCUUCACAUACAGUCUCCAAUUUUAUGUGCCAAUGGAAAUUAUAAUGAAAAAUUUAAAACAACGUUUUGGAAUGAGAUCAACGUUAGGAGAAUAUCUGAUUCGUAGUGUUAUUGUAAUUGGAACUGUUGGAGUUGCGAUAGCUGUACCAAAUCUUGGAGGAUUUAUUAGUCUCGUUGGAGCUGUUUGUUUAUCAACACUUGGUUUAAUAUUUCCUGCGGUAAUUGAUUUAGUAACAUUCUAUGAAGAUCCUGGUUUGGGAAAAUAUAAUUGGCGCUUAUGGAAGAACACAUUUUUAAUUGUAUUUGGACUAAUUGGUUUUAUAACCGGUAGCUAUGUUAGUUUGGGUGAAAUUUUUAAAGGGGAUUAAUUUACAAUCGAUCAAAUAUCAGCAUCUUAGUUUCAAUUAUUAAAGUAGAAUGUAUUUCUUUUAUAAAAUUGAGAAAACAAUUGAAACAAACAAGGGUUAAUCAAACAUAUGCAGACUGUAAUUUUAAGCUGUGAUUGCAAAAUUAUUUUAGGUAUUAAUGUAUUAAUUUCUUAAUCUUUAGAAUUUCUUGUAGUAAUAUUAGUAGUAUUUUUUUAUUGUUUUAGAGCACUUUAUCUCUAAUGUGAUCUGGUUGAUUUUUUCAUUUUGUAUUAUUAGUAUUAAGUAUUUUCUUUUGUGUGGUUUAAAAAAUGGUAAUCUCUUUAAAACGAAACAAAAAAGUUAAACGUAGAUGCUCAAUUGCCAGCAGGGAGCAGCUCUCCAUAUUUUGUAUAAGAUUUUAUACAUGUUUUUUAAAUAGUAUUUAGUUCCAGUGGAACUGUGACUCGGUGCCUUAAGAUCUUCUUAGUGUCAUACAAUGACAUUCAUUGGAUCACUUUUUUUCGAUAAAAAUGCGAUGUGUAUAUGGUAUUAUAUCACAUGUUUUGCAUGAUUGGAUUUUAAAAAAACGAUUUUAUUAUAAUUUUAUAAUUAAUUUACUUUAGCUGAUUUGAGUGCCAGAUUUCGAAUUCCUUUAUUUAUUUUAUUAUUAAUUUAUAAAGAGAUAAAUCGGAUCCGAGUUCCUUCAAAAAUUGUAAAAAGAAACAUUUUGCUUGCUGUUGUCAAUUAGUUUUAGAUACACCUAGGGAUAAUCUAACAUA